AUGGCUAACGAGUAUGCGGACUUGAAGCAGAUGUUGCAGCAGCAGCUGAAGCUGAUGGAGGCACUCAUUGUUAAGCUGUCCAACUCGUCCGUAGGUCAAUCAAGCGCGGCUGAUGGUUCUAAAUCUGUUGAUCACAUUGCCGGCAGCAUCACUGAAUUCUUAUAUGACCCACAGGCCCAUAUCACCUUUGAGUCUUGGUACAAACGAUAAGAGGACUUGUUGUCUGUCGAUCUGGCUGCCCAGGACGAUGCAUGGAAGGUUCGACUCCUACUUCGCAAACUAGGUCCGGCUGAACACGAGCGCUAUGCCAACUUUAUCCUCCCCAAGAAUCCCUGAGAAGUCACUUUCAAGGACACGCUUCAGACGCCGUCGCAGAUUUUUGGUGAGCAAUCAUCCCUUUUCAACACUCGAUUUCAGUGCUUGCAACUGUGCAAACGACAUUUCGAUGAUUUCAUCACGUAUGCGGGCAUUGUCAAUCGUGAGUGUGGGCGUUUCCAACUCGGUUCUCUCAUUGAAGACCAGUAUAGAUGCCUUACAUUUAUCUGCGGCCCCCAGUCCCCAAGGAUGCUAAUAUCCGGACACGUCUCCUGUCCAAAGUGCAGCAGAACAACUUAAUCACACUCCAAGAGCUGGCAGCAGAGUGCCAAACGCUGAUCUACCUCAAGCACGACUCUGAAAUGAUUCAAAACCGUGCCUCAUCUUUCUUAGUCCAUACGGUCACAUCGACCAAGUCGCAUCCUGUUACACGACCCAAACAAGUGUCCAUGGCGAGAUCUCUGCCAUCUCCUUGUCAACACUGUGGCGCGUGGCAUUUCCACCGGGAUUGCACUUUCCGCCAGCAUCGCUGCCAAAGCUGUAAUCACGUGGGACACCGUGAUGGGUUCUGCAAAUCAGUACCCGCUUCUGAAGGCAAGCCAGCCCCCGCCACUCCUAAUUCCAGGCACCGUUUCCGACCAAAACGCAAGUCCAAACCCCAGUCCGUUGGUAAUUCUCUCAGUCUCUUGGCUGCUUUCCUGCUCAACGCGUCUGGUCGUAGAAAGUUUGUUUACGUUUUGCUCAAUGGUCAUGCAGUUCGCCUACAGUUGGACACUGCCUCAGAUAUCCCCAUCAUCUCUGAGAGACUCUGGCAGUCCCUCGGCAGCCCCACGAUGCAGCAGACUUCCCAGUCCACCACAAGCGCAUGAGGCGGUCUCGUACAGCUAAUUGGACAGCUGCAAUGCUCUGUGUCGUUCCGUGGUACCAGCAUCACUGCGAUCCGCUAUACCACCAAGUCUGACUUCAACCUACGUGGUCUCGACUGGAUUGAACAACUUGGGUUGGCCGAUAUGCCGCUCCGCGUAGUUUGCAGUCAGGUGCAGAUUUCCGCUGUGCUUCCAAACCAAGCCAAGGACAUUCUCCAAAGGUUUCCUCCAGUGUUCAAGACGGCUUGGGUCGUUGCACAUACACUCAGGCCGUGCUACGUCUGUCUCCUGGAAGUCAACUAGUCUUCCGUCCAAAGCGACCAGUCCCAUAUGCAGCUCUACCGCUUGUCGAGGCUGAACUGAAGCGUCUAGAGGAACUGGGAGUUUUAGUUCCUGUAUCCUUCUCCGUCUGGACUGCUCCAAUCGUUGUGGUUAAGAAGCCCAAUGGCUCGAUCCUCAUUAGUGCUGACAUCUCCACCGGUCUCAAUGCCGUGUUGACGCCGAAGUGCAAUCCAUUGCCGGUUCCAGCUGAUCUUUUCACCCUGCCAAAUGGUGACACUUGCUUUUCCAAGUUGGAUUUCGCCGAUGCGUAUCUGCAGAUCGAGGUCGCCCCAGAGUCGCGCGAAUUGUUGACCAUCAACACCCACCGCGGUCUGCCCCAAUAUACCGGACUGCCCUUUGAUGUCAAGACCGCCCCGACUCUAUUCCAACAAACGAUGAACGCAAUGCUCUCCGGCAUCCCUGGCACAGCUGGGUACCUGGACGACAUCAUCAUCGUGGGUUGCUCCCCUGCCGAGCUGCAAGACCGAGUGUGCGCAGUACUCGAACGCGUACAGGAAUAUGGCUUUCGCCUAUGGGCCGACAAGUGGCAAUUCUUCCUCGACUCCAUCAAGUACCUGGGGUUUGUUUUUGACGUCACUGGUCGUCAUCCAGAUCCUGAAAACAUUCGGGCCACCCAACGGAUGCCUGCCCCCAAGAAUGUGUCGCAACUUCGUUCUUUCCUUGGCCUGAUCAGCUACCUUAGCGCCUUCCUACCGUUGCUGCGUGACGUAGGGCCCCGCUCAACCGUCUGUCGCAGAAGGAUGCUCCCUGGUGCUGGUCCCCCGACUGUAAAAAGGCCUUCGCCCAUCUAAAGUCGAUGCUGAGUUCAGAUUUGCUGCUCACACACUACGACCCGACGCUGCCGAUCGUUGUUGUUGCAGAUGCUUUCAACCACGGAGUUGGUGCUGUCAUAUCACAUACUUUUCCCGACAUGUUACUGAACGGGAUCCUGUCCUCCGUCAGGCCAUCACCUACGCGCAGACCUGCUGGCCAACCACUGCUCUCGCUGGUGAUCUUCGCCAGCUCUUCCUCCACCGAACAUCACUAUCUGCGGUUGACUCCUGCCUUAUGUUUGCGAACCGUGUGGUGAUCCCAUCUUGCCUCCGACCAACUGUACUACGCCAGUUCCAUGCUGCUCAUCCUGGUACCAGCCGAAUGAAGUCUAUUGCUCGCAGUUUUGCUUACUGGCCGGGUAUCGACGGCGACAUCGACGACCUGGUUCGACGCUGUUCUCGAUGUCAGCAAGCUGCCAAGAUGCCGCCCCAUCAACCGCCAGUACCCUGGCAACCACCGGGGAGGUCUUGGUCACGCGUGCAUAUCGACUUCGCUGGCCCACUUAACGGAGUCUCCUACCUAAUCUUGGUUGACGCCUACUCGAAGUGGCCCGAGAUUGCGCCGAUGAAUCCAACGACCGCAUCUGCCGCUGUCGCCUCCCUGCGACGCAUCUUUAGCCAACAUGGCUUACCGGAAGUCCUGAUUUCAGACAGUGGCUCUCAGUUUACUUCGUCGACAUUUGAGGGUUUCUGCCGCCAGUACAACAUCCAGCAUCUUCGCUCGCCGCCUUACCAUCCUCAGUCUAACGGUCAGGUGGAGCGUUUUGUCGACACGUUUAAGAGAGCCCUCUUGAAAGCUCGUGGGGAGGGGAUCACGGACAAGAUAGUUCAGGUGUUCCUGUUUUACUACAGGACAACACCGAACCCGGCGUCCCCUGGUGGCGAUUCUCCUGCCGAAGCUUUGAUGGGCCAAAAACUGCGUACAACGUUUCAUGCACUCGUUCCUACCUGUGUGCAACCCGUGCAGACUUCUCCAGUCUCUCGCAGCAAGCUUUCCGUCGGAACACCUGUCUUCGUUCGUGAUUAUCGAAAUGGGUUCCCAGACUGAAUUGAGGCAACCAUAAUAGCGCACAGAGGGAGUAUGUUGUUUGAUGUCGACGUUGGUGAUGACAUCUGGGUUCGUCACCACAACCAGAUCCGACGACGACAUUGCAGUAAUACAACCAGGUCCGAGUUGGUGCCGUCACUCUCUCUUGACAUACUACUGGAUACCUUCGUCAUUCCGGCAGAUCAGUCGGUUCCCGAACCCACUGCUGCGCCUCCUUCGGAUGUACCGCCUUCGGUAUCAGUCACUGCCCCCAGGUCUCCAGACAACAAAACACGACUAAGACGCCGAACCAACCGUGUGCGCCGAUCAACACUGCCGAUGCAGAUCAAUCCACGCCAAAAGCGGUACUGAUCUCCUUGGAGGGGAGGUGUCGGGAGUGCCUACAUUCCCAAAAACAAGAGCCAACCAAUCACUGGAGAGCACGUGCGUUUGCUCUCUCUACAGCACUGUCAUCUCAAUCAGGCGCCUUUCCAUUAGUUACUCCCCUCUUCCCGAAGGUCAUUGGGCCGAAUGCCGGCGAACUACAGUAGGGUGUUAUAAAUAUGCGUCACCUUUAUCUAGUCGCGACUUGCAGUGUUUUGCUAAUACACGUUCCGUGGUCAGCCGUGUUUUCUUUGUCUGCUGCUUCGGUAUUGGGGACGAGAGUCGAGUGCGUAUACGCUCCACGGGAUUUCAUGUACCAGAUGGGUUAUAACAAUAACGGAGUAAUGCUCAAAACAGUAACAAAUGCAACGGGAAACUCGGCUGGUGCAAAACUGAGGUGCUUGUACACGGAUGCCCAAAGCCUCAUAUGGAAAUUAGAUGAUCUAAAACUUUGCCUUGCCGAGCUGUCUCCAGAGGUUUUAGCAGUGGCCGAAGUGAUCACGAAGUGCUUAUGUGGGAUUAUUCGUUAUUCUCCAUUUCACAUACUCCAGACCACAAAAGACGGAAUGUUUGGCGGGGCGACUUCAAUCAGAUGAGGGCAGACUUAUCUGGUCUCCACUGGGGCUCAUUGUUUACGGGAAAUGCCAACGAUGACUGGGAGCGGUUCAAGAAUGUCCUCUGCAGCUCAUCAACAACCACUGCCCACUGACUAGUGUAAGACUGAACAAACGUCCUGUGUGGCUAAAUAGCAACCUUAAGAAAGGAAUCAACAGGAAGCACAAAUUGUGGAGAAAAUACUGCGUCACUAGACAAGCUGAAUGCUUCAACACCUACAAGACACAGAGGAACAAACUGAGGAACCGGAUCAUGAAGACGCGGCGGAAAUUCGAGAACUUACUACAAAAAUCAACGAAGAACCCAAAAUUACUCUACAGUAACCUCCGACGAAGUAGAAGGAACAGGCAUCAAAUCCCCUUAAUAAGGACUACUAAUGGCGUUGAGAUUGCUGAUAGUAGGGAUAAAGCUGCGUAUUUUUCACGGUUUUUCCAAUUAGUCUACACAAACGAGGCAAGGUUCCUUCCUCCCUCCACAGAGGAACUGCCGACCCCACGCGUCAGUGAUACACUCUUCUCUGAAGGCAUUGUCCGAAGAGAAUUAGAGGCAUUGAACGAAUCGAGGUCGCCAAAACCAGACGAGAUUCCUUGCAACCUUCUCAAGGAACUUGCCAGUGAACUUUCUGUGCCUUUGUCGAUGCUCUUUCAAACGUCAUUUGACACAGGAACACUUCCUUUCGAUUGGAAGUUGGCGCAGGGCAAACUGGAGGUAACAGGGCAGCGACGACAAAUUACAGGCCCAUAAGCUUGACAUGCAUUCUCUGCAAAGUUAUGGAAAGGAUCAUAAAGAGUGAACUGAUGCACUUCCUGGGAGUUCCUAGCCUGCUAUCGAAAUGCCAACUUGGGUUCCGAAAAGAAAGAUCCUGCACGACAGACAUGCUGCAAUCUCUCCAGAGCUGAACCCGAGCUCUCGACGACAAGCACGCGGUCCACAUAGCUCUCAUCGACUUCCAGAAGGCAGUCGACACUGUGCCACACCAAAGGCUCUUACAUAAACUAAAAAUAGGGAUCAAUGGCAACUUCCUUAAAUGGAUCGAAAACUUCCUUUUAGGCCGACACCAUGUUGUGUGCAUCGGUCGAGGAAAAUAAGAUCCUGCUAUGGUCGAGAGUGGUGUCCCCCAGGGUUCAGUGCUGGGACCCAUUUUGUUCCUUAUCUACGUGGACGAUGCCGCAAGAGAUUUAGACUGCGAGGUAGCAAUGUUUGCCGAUGACAUGAAAAUAUGGGCUGUACUUCGGGGUCCUGCCGACGAAGACAGACUGCAGAUGAACCUGAAUCGGUUGGAGGAGGGGUCAAACCGUUGGCUCCUGCGGUUCAACGUUGCCAAAUGUAGCAUACUUCGCCUAGGCAACACAGCCAGAUCCGCCAGCACAAGAGACUACUUUCAUGGCGGUGCAGCCCUACAAGAGGUCUAAGCCCAAAGGGACAUCGGUGUGCUAACGACGAGUUCCCUAAAGCCAUCCGCCCAUUGUUCGACAGUGGCAAAAAGCGCAAUGUCCGUACUGUACGCAAUCAAGCGUGCGUUUACGGACUUUGACAAAGAUGCUUUCUCAGAGACAUUCGGAACAUUCGUCCGGUCGCAUUUGGAGCACGGCAUACAAGCCUGGAGGCCGUGGGCGGUUGAGGAUCAAAACAGCCUCGAAAGAGUUCAGAGGAGAGCCACGAAGAUGGUUAAGGGUCAAAGCUCCUUUCCCUAUGUAACCCGCCUAGUAAAUCUGAACGUCUUUCCUUUGAGUUACGGGCGACUUCGCGGGGAUCUCUUGCAAGCCUUCCGCAUUGCAAAGGGGGUGGAUUGCAGGCUGGCCUUCAAGGACUUUUUUGAAUUUGCUACCACGACCAACCCCCGAGGUCACCCGUUAAUACUGCCCACUCAGCAGGCAAGGCUGGAUGUUCGAAAGUUCUCCUUCUCUAUUCGAAUGGUCAAACCCUGGAAUGCGCUUCCCGCAGAUGUUGUGAUGUCACCAUCUAUACAAAGUUUUAAAAAAAAAUCUGGACGUAUCAAAAGAAGAGGGGGUGUUCACUGGGACGGUGAACGCCCACUCUUCUUUUGAUAUGCCACCUGGGAAUCGCAUUUUCAAUACUAUUGAUGUGAAUCUGGACAUAAUUAUUUUCCGAAAUGACCAAUAGCGAUGAGAAGUAGAGCUCACUCCCUGUAACUCGUUCUCUUUUUGUCCUACAAUUAUGGGCGUGUUUGAACUAUUUAAACCCAGAACAUUUAUCCGUAUACGAAACAUUUUUUACGUUGCAAAUAGGGUACUCAAAGGCUUACGCCUAUUUCCCUCAAUAAACUGGAUUGAGCAUUUUCAAAAUCAAUAACGUCACGGAAUGAAAAUUCGGAUAUCUCCUGUUGGCAGUAUUGAAGGGCUGACAGAUUAGGCACUGCAGGGAAGGCAGGAAAGCCUUUCUCGGUAGGACUUCGUAAUGGUUGCCGGACGAGACCGAGUUUUCUUUGAUAUCAUUGCAGAAGUCUAUAAGCAUUGGUUAAUGGUUGGCAAUUUCCAAAGUCCCACGCGUUGACAUAUGGGAAAUGUUGUGAAUCAUUAAUUUUGUUUUGGUCUGUGUUUUUAUUCACCCUCAUCCAAUUGUUCUUCUUCGCCUCGUAUCUGGUUUUUUAACUUGCUUAUGUUUAUGUUUGUCUCCGCGACUAUUUUCUUUUGCUUAUUUCAGUUUCUACUUUCCAGUUUUUGGUAUGCUUUCUUCCCAAAGGGCUGAGUUGUCAGUUCUAUAGGUCAUGAAUGCAUAUUAGUAUCCGAGCAUUCUAACGCGAAAUAUUCCUAUUUCUGGUUUCCGAAAAAAAGCAUAAUUUCGAGGCCUUAUUUUCAAGUCAUUGUCAGGUGUUCGGACCUUUAUUUGUUCCUUUCGCUGCUGUCAGCAUCAGAUUUGUUUUCGUUUGCUUUUUAAAGUACGCUUUUCCAUGAUGCUGUUUUUCUCCACACUUGCACCAGAUUCCUCUAUUGUUUCAUAUUAAGCCCCCCACUAUUGCGAUUUUUCGAAGCUAUAAAAUAUACCAGUAUAAUGCAUGUCGUUUCACAGUUUGUUGCAUGACGUCAACGAAUCGCGCAUUUAAUUGAAUAUGCAGAUGUUUGGCCUUUGCUGACAAAACUGUUAGCAGAAACGACCAAAUACUCAGUAAUGUAUGGAUUUUAGACGAAAAUGGUUAUAGACACACUUUAAAAUUGGCGUAUUAAUAGUGAGUUGAACUUACAUUUCUUAAUCUCGACGGCGCCAUAGUUAAACGUUCUGAGGGCGGCCAUUGUUGCCUCUUAGUUGCGCUGCAGGUGGGUUUGCGUUUAUUCUGAUGCUUUUGGUUUAACAUACGUUUUUCUUACGUUUUAAAUCUGCGUUUUUAGUUUUCGUCACGCUCGUUUUAUUUCAAAUGA